GGCCGGGGCUGCGGGGCGAGCGGCGCGGCGGGGAUCCGGAGGCGCGGCCCGGGACGGCGAUGGCGGCGAGCUCCGCGCAGACUGAACUGUGACUGGGUGCAGCUCCCAGCAGACCAGCCGCCAGCCAUGGCCAGCCUCAUGCUGAGCCCUGACUCCUCCUCUCAGGAGGCCUUGUCGGCCCCCACCUGCUCCCCCACCUCCGACUCUGAGAACCUGAGCCCCGAUGAGUUGGAGCUGCUGGCCAAGCUGGAGGAGCAGAACCGUCUCCUGGAGGCCGACUCCAAGUCCAUGCGCUCCAUGAACGGCUCCCGGCGGAACAGCGGCUCGUCUCUGGUGUCCAGCUCUUCGGCGUCUUCCAACCUGAGCCACCUGGAGGAGGACACAUGGAUCCUGUGGGGCCGCAUCGCCAACGAGUGGGACGAGUGGCGGAGGCGCAAGGAGAAGCUGCUCAGGGUGGGUGGCGAGUGGCGGUGGGGUGGGGAGGCCCCCAGAAAGUGGCGGGUUCCCCAAGCUCAGCGCUGCCCACCUGCCCGCCCAACCCCACAGGAGCUGAUCCGCAAAGGCAUCCCGCACCACUUCCGUGCCAUAGUGUGGCAACUGCUGUGCAGUGCCACCGAUAUGCCCGUGAAGAACCAGUAUUCGGAGCUGCUGAAGAUGUCCUCGCCCUGCGAGAAGCUCAUCCGCCGGGACAUCGCCCGCACCUACCCCGAGCACGAGUUCUUCAAGGGCCAGGACAGCCUGGGCCAGGAGGUCCUGUUCAACGUCAUGAAGGCCUACUCUCUGGUGGACCGGGAGGUGGGCUACUGCCAAGGCAGUGCCUUCAUCGUGGGCCUGCUGCUCAUGCAGAUGCCCGAGGAGGAGGCCUUCUGUGUGUUCGUGCGGCUAAUGCAGGAGUACCGGCUUCGGGAGCUCUUCAAGCCCAGCAUGGCUGAGCUGGGGCUCUGCAUCUACCAGUUCGAGUACAUGCUGCAGGAGCAGCUCCCGGACCUGAACACCCACUUCCGCUCGCAGAGCUUCCACACGUCCAUGUACGCUUCCUCCUGGUUCCUCACACUCUUCCUCACCACCUUCCCGCUGCCUGUCGCCACCCGUGUCUUUGACAUCUUCAUGUAUGAGGGCCUGGAGAUCGUGUUCCGGGUGGGUCUGGCCCUGCUUCAGGUGAACCAGACAGAGCUGAUGCAGCUGGACAUGGAGGGCAUGUCCCAGUAUUUCCAGAGGGUGAUUCCGCACCAGUUCGACAGCUGCCCUGACAAGCUGAUCCUCAAGGCUUACCAAGUCAAGUACAAUCCCAAGAAGAUGAAGAGGCUGGAAAAGGAGUAUGCCGCCAUGAAGAGCAAGGAGAUGGAGGAGCAGAUUGAGAUCAAACGGCUGCGCACGGAGAACCGACUUCUGAAACAGCGAAUCGAGACCCUGGAGAAGGAGAGCGCGGCCCUGGCUGAUAGGUUGAUCCAGGGGCAGGUGACCCGGGCGCAGGAGGCCGAGGAGAACUACGUCAUCAAGCGGGAGCUGGCGGUGGUGCGGCAGCAGUGCAGCUCGGCCACCGAGGACCUGCAGAAGGCGCAGAGCACCAUCCGGCAGCUGCAGGAGCAGCAGGAGAACCCACGGCUCACCGAAGACUUUGUGACCCACUUGGAAACGGAGCUGGAGCAGUCACGGCUACGAGAGGCAGAAACGCUUGGGGCCCUCCGUGAGCUGCAGGACAAGGUGCUGGACAUGGAAAAGAGGAACAGCGCGCUGCCCGAUGAGAACAACGUGGCGCAGCUGCAGGACGAGCUGAAGGCCCUCAAGGUGCGGGAGGGCGAGGCGGUGGCGUCGGCGCGGGAGCUGAAGCGCCAGCUGCAGGAGCUGUCGGACACCUGGCAGGCGCACCUGUCCCGCGGCGGCCGCUGGAAGGAGUCCCCGCGGAAGCUCGCGCUGAGCGAGCUGCAGGACGAGCUGAUGAGCGUGCGUCUGCGCGAGGCCCAGGCCCUGGCCGAGGGCCGCGAGCUGCGGCAGCGCGUGGUGGAGCUCGAGACGCAGGACCACAUCCACCGCAACCUGCUCAACCGCGUGGAGGCGGAGCGCGCCGCGCUGCAGGAGAAGCUGCAGUACCUCGGGGCGCAGAACAAGGGCCUGCAGACGCAGCUCAGCGAGAGCCGCCGCAAGCAGGCGGAGGCCGAGUGCAAGAGCAAAGAGGAGGUGAUGGCCGUGCGACUCCGGGAGGCGGACAGCAUGGCGGCGGUGGCCGAGAUGCGCCAGCGCAUCGCCGAGCUGGAGAUCCAGAGGGAAGAGGGCCGCAUCCAGGGCCAGCUGAACCACUCGGACUCGUCGCAAUACAUCCGCGAGCUCAAAGAUCAAAUCGAAGAGCUGAAAGCCGAGGUGCGGCUGCUGAAGGGCCCCCCGGCCUUCGAGGACCCGCUGGCCUUCGACGGGCUGAGCCUGGCGCGCCACCUGGACGAGGAGUCGCUGCCGUCGUCGGACGAGGAGCUACUGGGCGUGGGCGCGGCGCUGCAGGGCGCGCUGUACCCCCUGUCCCCCCGCGACGCGCGUUUUUUCCGCCGCCUCGAGCGGCCGCCCAAGGACAGCGAGGGCAGCUCGGACAGCGACGCCGACGAACUGGCCGCGCCCUACAGCCAGGGCCUGGACAACUGAAGCCGAGCCCGGAGGAGCCAGGCCCGGGGCCGCGGCAGGGCUGGGCGCCAACCCCACUGCUCGAAGUCGCCACCACCAGCCCACCCCCAGAGGGGCAGGACGUCGGGCUGGGCCUGCCUGCAGGGCUUGCCCAUCCAG